GUCCAUUGGAAAUCAUUUUAACCUUUUUUAUGUUACAUUAAUAAUGAAUAUGAAUUCUUUUGCAAUUAAAUUAAUGAUAAUAAUCAUUACAUUUAGUAUGAUUUUUAUUGAUGCUAGUGCCGACAGUUUAGCAUAUGCUGGUUUCUUUUCUGAAGAUAAUGGAUUACUAAAUGUUAUUAAUUUAUUUUCUAAUAUUGUCAAUAAAUAUUUAAGGACUAGUUUGAGCAACUAUGAAUCAAUGAUAAUAGACUCCUAUGACGAACUAUACACAACAGAUCAUACUCCGAAAUCAGAUUCAAUAAAAGAAUGUAGUAUUGAUGUACUUUACAUGCAUUCAAUUAUUUUUAAAAUGAAACAAACUAAAAUAAACAAUGUGGAAACGUGGUGUAAAUCAUAUGCAGUUAUAACAAUUAACCCAGAUGAUUUGUUACCACCAGAUGCAGUUAAAGAACAACUAGAUGAAUUAUUUGUAUCAGGAUAA